CACAGAGCUAACGCAGUUACAGAAGAUGGAGGAGGAAGACGCGGGAAUGGAGGAAAGAGAAAUGCAGUCGGACGAGGAGGACGAAGAAGGCAUGGGAGAAGAAAAUACAGACGACUCGUCUGAAGACGAGAAGGAAAAUGAAGCAGAAAUCCAGCGUUUAGAGGAGCAGCUGUCAAUCAAUGCUUUCGACUACAACUGCCACAUGGGUCUCAUCAAACUCCUGAAACAAGAGGGGGAACUUCUCCGAUUGCAAAAGGCAAGACAGAAGAUGAGUGAACUUUUUCCGCUCACUGAAGAUAUCUGGUUGGAUUGGCUCAAAGAUGAAAUCUGUCUGAAUGAAGAUAAAUCAAACCGAGAGACAGUUUAUGAACUUUUUGAGAGAGCUGUAAAAGACUACAUCUGUCCAGAAAUUUGGCUUGAAUAUGCUCAGUAUUCCAUUGGUGGAAUGGGCUCACCAGGUGGAAUAGACAAGGUGAGGUGUAUCUUUGAGAGAGCUGUGACAGCUGUUGGGCUGCACAUGACCAAAGGACAGCUGGUGUGGGAGGCGUACAGAGAAUUUGAAAACGCCAUCCUGUCUACAGUCCAGCCUCCACCUGGCAGGAUUCCUAGUCGUGAGGAGCAGGAGAUGCUGAACACUCAGCUGGAGCGAAUUCACAAGCUCUUUCGACGCCAGCUGACCGUCCCUUUAAUGGACAUGGAAGCCACCUAUGAAGAAUAUGAAGAUUGGUCAGACCAGGGUGUCUCUGAGCUUGUGGUACCACAGUACUCAAAAGCGAUGCAGGAGAUGGAGAAGCGUAAAUCUUUAGAAAAAUCUCUGCUGAUAGCAGAGCCUCCAAAGAUGUCCGAGUAUCAGAGCUACAUUGACUUUGAACGAAAGGAGGGCGACCCAGCUCGGAUCCUGAUCAUCUUUGAGAGGGCGCUGGCAGAGAACUGCCUAGUUCCAGACCUGUGGGCAAAAUAUACCAGCUACCUUGAUCGCCAGCUGAAGAUCAAGGAAGUUGUUCUUUCAGCUCAUGAACGAGCCGCGAGGAACUGCCAUUGGACCAUGGGUCUGUGGAAGAGCUACCUGCAGGCUUUGGAGAGGCAUGGAGCUGAUCAUCAAACAGUCUCAGAUGUGUUUGAGAAGUCCUUGAUUGCUGCAAUCAUCAAAGCUACAGAUUAUGUGGAAAUCUGGCAGGCCUUCCUAGACUACCUGAGGAGACGUGUGGAUUUUAGCAAAGAAUCAAGUCAAGAGUUGGAGGAGUUACGAGGAGCCUUCUCUCGCUCGCUCGAGUACAUUAAUCAAGAUGUGGAAGAAAGAUUUGGUGAAAACGGAGAUCCUUCCUGCAUGAUAAUGCAGAUCUGGGCCAGAAUAGAGGCUCUUCACUGUAAAAACAUUCAAAAGGCGAGAGAACUGUGGGACAGUAUCAUGACUAAAGGCAACGCCAAAUAUGCCAACAUGUGGCUGGAAUACUUUAACCUGGAAAGGUCGUACGGAGACACAGUUCACUGCCGUAAAGCUCUUCAUCGAGCAGUUCAGUGCAGCUCAGAUUAUCCAGAGCAUGUUUGUGAAGUCCUGCUCACUUUUGAGAGAGUCGAAGGUUCUCUGGAGGACUGGGACUUGGCAGUGCAGAAGACAGAGACUCAUCUCAACAGACUUAACGAACAGGGAGCCAAGGUAAGAAUUUUUUUAAGGACUGUGCUGUAAAGUAGCUCCGUUAUUUAGCUGCCUUUGGCUAAAGUUA